AAAUAAUCAUCGAUCAAACGCAUAACCUUUCCUCGCUCGCUUCUUGUAGACGACUCGAUCGGGGCUGGAGACUAUGAGCUUCUUUGGUCGUGGCAGCAGGAACCACAAGACAUCCAGGCCCAAGAAGAGCGCUCCAGCGGGGGACAAGGGGAUGAAGCUCAAGAGGCACAUCGACGUCACCCUCGGCAGCGGUAACUUGAGAGAGGCGGUCUGCCUGCCAGUUGGGGAAGAUCUCAACGAGUGGCUCGCUGUCAACACUGUUGACUUCUUCAAUCAAGUGAACAUCCUGUAUGGCACAGUCACGGAGUUCUGCACGCCAGAUACCUGCCCGACUAUGUCAGCUGGACCAAUGUACGAGUACAGGUGGGCAGAUGGAGUCAAGGUCAAGAAGCCUCUUAAAGUGUCCGCGCCAAUGUAUGUUGAUUACCUGAUGGACUGGAUUGAGAACCAGCUCGACGAUGAAUCCGUGUUCCCUCAACAGCUCGGAGCUCCCUUCCCUCCAAACUUCCGCGACGUCAUCAAGACAAUUUUCAAGCGUCUGUUCAGGGUGUAUGCACACAUAUAUCACUCGCAUUUUCAGAUGAUUCUCAAGCUCAAGGUAGAAGCACAUCUCAACACUUGCUUCAAACACUUCGUACUCUUCACAAGGGAAUUUGGGUUGAUCGAUAGGGCAGAGCUUGCUCCUCUUAGCGAGCUGGUGGAGCCCAUACUACUUGAACAGUAGUCAACAAAUACAUUGAUUCGAGAAUUGAUCUGAGGCAAAGUGCAGAGACAUCCUUUUUACAUUACUUUUGGUUGGUUUCUCCGGGUGCUGCACCGCAUUUGCGUUUUAUGUGUUUUCAUGCUAUACUGGAAGUGGAUUGAUUAGUCCGUUCUUGUGUGGUCAGAUGAUCUGCUGUUGAUCGCAAUUUGUUAAUUUCAAUCCGUAGAAUUUCCCGUAAACUCGACUUUGGAAUUAAUAGAUAUUAUCACCUGUUGGCA